AUAAAGGUAUAUAUAUAUUAUUAAAUGUUCAGUUAUAUUCUAUAUACGUUGUCAUGAGUACUACAUAUAUAUAUAGUCUUCAACAAUGAAUAUUUAUAUGAUAUAUAGCGAGCUUAUUUUGAAAUUUAGAAUAAAUAUAUAUAAUAACAAUGAAUCCAGAAGGAUAUCAUUUCAGUCAUCCACAUCAUAGAUUUUAUCUAUAUAAUUGGUCAUAUACAUAUUAUUGGCGUUGUUGCUUGUGCAAUCAAUUAAUCACAUCAGGAGAGGAGUAUUACAAAUGCGAGGGGUAUUGCUUCAAUGUUGUGCAUAAACAAUGUGGUGAGUUGCCAGAGCAAAUCAAUAACCACACCUUCCACGAUCAACACCCUCUCACCCUUCGAAUUCACAACAACAACAUCAGUUCAUGUUGCUUUUACUGUGACAAAUCCUUCGGGGAUGAAUAUGCUUACAGCUGCGAGGAGUGUGAGUUCUACAUGCACAUGAGAUGUGCUGCAAUCCCAUUGCCCACCCUUACAUGCCAUGAUGGGGAUAUUAUUGUUCGAUUCUCUUGUCAUCAACAUCCAAUGGCCAUUUUCGAUCAAGAUGAUGGUAAAGAUGCAUAUCAAGGUAACAAUUGUUUUGUGUGUCAAUUACCUUGGUCUACUACUCCAUCCUAUUCUUGCACAACACUCACAUGUAAAAAUUUUGUCCAUAAGUCAUGUGCUCAAUUGUCCCAAACAAUUAAUCAUCCUUUCCAUUCACACCAACCUCUUAAACUUCAAAUAACUAAGCUUCAAACUUGUGAUGUUUGUUGCAAGAAAGAUUGUAAGCUCGGUUUUAUUUGUUGUGAGAGUGGAUGCAACUUUAAAUUGUGUACUAAAUGUACCAAUCUUCACACAACUGUAAAAUGUCGUAGUCACGAUCACUCGCUUGCUUUGGUGGAAAAUGCAUGUUGUGAUCAUAAUAUUCAAUGUGAUGCUUGUUUGAGGUCAUAUAAGGGAUUGCAAGUUCCAUCUAAUCGUGCUAAUUUUGAAGUUCAACGUACUCAAUCACUCUUGUUUCGUUGCAUGGAAUGUACUUACAAUCUCCAUUUUAUCUGUGGCCCAUUGCCAUUUAUGGUUAAAGAUGACUACCACAUUCACAAAUUGACUCUUGUUGAUUCACUAAACGAAGAAGAGUUCGAAGAAUAUUAUUGUGAUUCCUGUGAAGAAGAAAGGAAUCCACAAUUUCGUGUGUACACGUGCACUGACUGCAAAUAUACAGCGCACGUACAUUGCAUGAUGAAUGAGAUUAUGAAAGCAAUAAAAGGAGAGACAAACACCAAUAAUUAUGUGGAGUCAAUGGCCUUUGGAGAAUCUCGAUGGGAUUGGACCAUUUAUGAAAAAGCAAAACAGCACCAACAUCAGACCCUUCAAGGCAUAAUCAAAACACUAACCUUAGAAGAAAAACACAAACUGACUUAUCCAUUGGAUUUUACUCAUUUCAAACACCAUUAUAAUUAUUUUAGAAAUUUAAAUUCUCAAUUUGAUGAGUUAGGAUCUCUUGAAAAUUUCAAAAAAUUUAAAGAGUUUUUGCAAUCAGACUAUGAUCUAUUCUGGAGAGAACUGAUUUGGUACACAAGUGAAGAAGGUUUAAAAGUAGAAGAUGAAAAGUAUUUAAGGCAAGAGGUUGUAGAAGUAGCAGAGGGUAAAUACAUGGUCCCCAAGACAUUGGCCCCUAUUCUCACAACAUUCAUUCUCAAGUACGGAGAUGUUGAUCAUGGGAAAUCUCAUUUGACAAGUAUUGGAAUGAGGAGUGUCAUCCCAACCUUACUAUGUAUUGUCAUUGACAAAAUGUGUAGAACUAAGCUUGAAGACAUCACAAUGGAUCAUCUUAAACAAUGGUAUUUCUACCUACAUGGCAUUCAAGAGAUCUCAGGCUUCAAACUGUUUCCAAUCCGAAAGAUUUUGUAUGGAAAGUUCUUGAGAGCCUAUUUGGGUUAUAAAGUCAUUAGAUGGGAAGAGGAAAUCCCUAAAAAGUUAGACACAAAGAUUGCUACACUGAAAGCCGAAUUAGAAAGAUGUGAGAAGAUGCGAGAAGAACUCCCAGCAAUCUUGUCUGAUAAGUCAUCAUUUAAAUUAGAAUGCUUAAGGGAAACUGCUACAUGGAAGAACAAGACUCCAGUGGAUGCCAUGUUUUAAUAAUAUUAUUCCAUCUUACAAUAAUAGUUUUUAUUUUAUUUGUGUUUAUGUGUGUACUCUUUAAUAUGAAAUUAUGACAUGCUAUAAUAAUUAAUAAAGAUCGUGUGCUGUUACACUAU